AUGUCUUCUUCCUCUUCUUCUCCCUCAUCGAGUCUUUCCAUCCAAUCUUCCCUUUCUCGCGAGCCGACGCCGGAAUGGGACCCGCAGGAGGCCCACGCGGCCAACAUCCGUCGCGCCAUAGCCGACGGGGACGAGUCGACCCACGACUCCUCCGUCUGGUCUGAAGAUGACCAGUCCCUAACGGACGGGGAGAGCGACCUUCGCUUCCUCGCCAUUGGGUCGUCGGAGGAGGGAAGCGACGACGACGGCUUCUCCUGGGAUGGUCCCUCCUCCGCUGAGGAGGUGAAGGAAGAGGAAGAGGAGGAGGACGAUGCUUCCUCUGACGAGCCGUCGGCCAAGCGUCUCUGCCCUUGGCCGGGCAACAUGAGCGACUUCGACAGCGACGAUACCGACGCCGACGAAGAGGACGAGGACAAUGAAGGUCCCGCCGGAGGUCGCUACAGCAGCGACGAAGAACCAGCCGGGAGCAGCACCGACGGCGGCGACGGCGACGAUGAGGGCAGCAGCGGCCCUUAG